AUGUCAAAAUAUUCCAACUGUGUCGGUCAAAAAUCAAUUUACUACAGCACAGUAUACAACGGACCUGCUGUUUUGGAUAUAAAAUGCUCUAAAAACAAUGUUCAGGAGCAACGAUAUAUCCCAUUAAAUCCCUAUGGUCUAAUGGCAACUCCAAAUGUUCGGACCAUAAAAAAACGAAAUACAGCGAAUAAAAAAGAGCGAAGACGAACACAAAGUAUAAACAAUGCUUUUUCAUACCUUCGUGAAAAAAUUCCAAAUGUUCCAUCAGAUACGAAAUUAUCAAAGAUUAAAACAUUAAAAUUGGCAAUUUUGUACAUAAACUACUUAGAGGAUGUUCUGGAUGGAAAUCAGGAGGAAAAAGGCGUAUUUCUGGCAGAGCUUAAUCCGGCACAUCGCACAAUAUGUAGCGAUCAGAAUAAGUGUCUGAAGAGUGAUUUUCAAAAUGUUCGAGUACCCACUAAUGGACGAACAGGUUGGCCACAGGAUGUUUGGGCAUCUGAACUUAAUCCCGAUCAAAACUAAACUUGACUAUACUACAUUAAAGAAAAAUAAUAAAAAGCAUAUACAUUUUUUAUUGAA